AUGACAAGCGUAAAAAUAUCGCUAUGCUUCUUUGUAGUCGCUCUUUUAAUCUCCAUAGCAAAUGGAAUAUUGCUUGACGCAUCGGAAAAAGCUUCAAGGAAAGACGAUGACACGAAUCGCCUAUGUCCUGUAUGCCCUGAAAAUUGUGACUGUUCGGAUGAAUCAUCGCCGGUAUGCACAGAUAUUUUUGAAAUACCAAAAUGCUUUCCUGAUGGUAAAGAAAUAGAGAGUUUAACAGUCCUCGACUCACCCUUUUUGAAGUCAAUUGAUGAUGAAGAUGCAUUCGAACGUUACGACAAAAAUCUCGAAAUUCUUAUUUUUCGCCAAACCGGGCUUGGAGUCGUUAACUGGGAAGCUUUUGCAAAUGUUAAGAAAUUGAAGACACUCGAAAUAUCAUCAAGUCGGUUGAAAUGCAUUGAACCGAUGGAUCUAAGAAAUUUACAAAUUCUGAAUUUGUCGGGCAACAAUGAUUUAAAAUUUUGUACAGAUCAAGAAUUGUUUGUGGAAAUGCCUUUUUUGGAAACAUUGGAUUUAAGAAACUGUAGCAUUCAGGGAAUGUAUGAAUAUACUUUCCGUGGACCAAAUAAACUUACUUACCUGAAUAUGAAUUUUAACAACGAACUGGAAGAAAUACCUAAAGACGCCUUUUCUGAUCUUUCAAGAUUACAAGAGCUUCAUAUAAGCUAUUGCGGGUUACGAACUCUUUAUCCAGAGCAUUUUUCCACGGCACAUAGCGAUGGAAGUUUGGAAUCCGUGAAAGCGAUUGGUAACUGUUGGAAAUGUGAAACAAUGUGCAAUUUUGGAGCAUGGAUGGACGACAACGACGACUUUCGCGACAUUUUUGAUGGUGAGCGGUGCAAAACGCCAACUUAUUUGAGUGACGAAUUACUUCAAAAUUUGGGCGAAAGUGAGCUCUGUUACAUCUACACGACUGAUGCUCUCAUUGUGAUAGGUGCACUUUGUUUAAUGAUGCUAAUACUUAUCUGCUGUUUUGCGUUAGCUUUCAAAAACUGUUUUAUCGGAAUGUGUAAAAGUAGUGACGUAUACAGUUCAAACCCUACUAGUCAGCAGCAAUCUAAUUCACGAAGUGCACCUCGAACAGGUCGGGCAGGCGUAGAAAACUCCGCCGCAGAGACGGACGAUCACGCUAUUGUUACUGUUGAUGGAGCGAUGUCCACUGAUUCUGUUGGGGGAUGGUGUAUACACGAUAUAGAUCCACCUGGCUAUGACGCAGUCGUGGGAAAAAAUAAUGAAAACAUGGAUAUCAUGACAAUGACAUUGCGAAACGCAGAUGACGCAGAUUCAAUGACAGAUGUCGCUCCACCUCCUUAUGAUGAACAUGCUUUUGCUUAAGUAUUAUUAAAACAUUCAAAACGUAUGCUUUAUUUGUGAAGUCAAUGUUAGACCUUAAGUAACUAUCUAAAUAAAAUAUUUUAAACGAUGUGCAAAUCAAGAGGAGUCACGUUGGCGCCCACUGCUUACCUCAUUGCAGCGUUGCUCGUAUAGUACGUGGUCAGGCUUUUGAUUCUGGACGACUAGGUAUUUUCAAAUAUUAUCUGACGUUUGAAAAUAUCUUAAGGUUGCAAAUAAUCGGCAAAAAGACAGCUAUCAAUCUGAAUCAAUCAAUUUUGUAUGUGUGUCUGUAAAUUUACUUUUUAAUAUUUUAUAACAGAAUUACUUUAUUUGUUGUUUUUUUCGUUUAUUUUAAUUCUUGUUUCAAUUUUGAUUUAUUUUGCUAUUUCAUUUUGCAGUAUUGCAGUAUUAUUAUAAUUGAACUUGCUUUAUUUUACUAUAUUUUCACAAUAAUGAGAAUGAAACACAUUAAAUUUACGUAUA